AGCCCCUGGCGCCCCCGGAGCUGUGCGCCGAGGGAGGAGGGCGGGCGCGGCGGGCCGGGCCGGCGGGCGGCGGACUAUGAGGCGCCCACCAUGGUGCGAUGCGACCGCGGGCUGCAGAUGCUGCUGACCACGGCCGGAGCCUUCGCUGCCUUCUCGCUCAUGGCCAUCGCCAUCGGCACCGACUACUGGCUGUACUCCAGCGCGCACAUCUGCAACGGCACCAACCUGACCAUGGACGACGGGCCCCCGCCCCGCCGCGCCCGCGGCGACCUCACCCACUCGGGACUGUGGCGGGUGUGUUGCAUCGAAGGCAUCUAUAAGGGACACUGCUUCAGGAUCAACCACUUCCCAGAGGACAAUGAUUAUGACCACGACAGCUCAGAGUACCUCCUCCGCAUUGUGCGAGCCUCCAGUGUCUUUCCCAUCCUCAGCACCAUCCUGCUCCUGCUUGGAGGGCUCUGCAUUGGCGCUGGGAGGAUCUACAGCCGCAAGAACAACAUUGUCCUCAGUGCAGGCAUCCUCUUUGUGGCCGCAGGCCUCAGUAACGUCAUUGGCAUCAUCGUCUACAUUUCCAGCAACACGGGCGACCCCAGUGACAAACGCGACGAAGACAAAAAGAGCCAUUACAACUACGGCUGGUCUUUUUACUUUGGAGCCCUGUCGUUUAUUGUGGCGGAGACGGUGGGCGUCCUGGCCGUAAACAUUUACAUUGAGAAAAACAAAGAGUUGAGGUUUAAGACCAAGCGGGAAUUCCUUAAGCCCUCUUCCUCCUCUCCUUACGCCAGGAUGCCGAGCUACAGGUACCGGCGACGGCGGUCCAGGUCCAGCUCCAGGUCCACCGAGGCCUCGCCCUCCAGGGAUGCGUCCCCCGUGGGCCUGAAGAUCACCGGGGCCAUUCCCAUGGGUGAGCUGUCCAUGUACACACUGUCCAGGGAGCCCCUCAAGGUAACCACAGCUGCCAGCUACAGCCCGGACCAGGAUGCUGGCUUCCUGCAGAUGCACGACUUCUUCCAACAGGACCUAAAGGAGGGUUUCCAUGUCAGCAUGCUGAACCGACGGACGACUCCCGUGUGACCUGCCCACCCGUCUCCGCACUGGCCUUCCCCAGAGUGGCUGUUGGUGUGACAUGCAACAGGGUGACCCUUAAGAUUAUAGACAGUGAGUUGGAGCCAGGGGCAACCCUCCCUGGCGUCCAGAAGAUGCCGUGGACUGGCUCAGAAUGAAGGAAACCCGGAGACCAGAAGCAGGGCUAGGAUAGAAACUGAAGGCUGGCUUUCUCCCAAGACAGGGCGUAUUGCUGCCCUCUGGGUCUCUGAAAUUUCCCAGGAGGCCCAAGAAUUGUCCUGAAGCUGCAUCAGCCUGCCUCUUGCAAACCAGGAAACCAGUCAUGCCAGAAGAUGUCAAACCGCUUCCCCUCACCUGGGCACUGGGCCACAGGAAGGCUUCUUCCAGAACUGGGACCUCUGAGCUCCCAUCAGCUGUUUCCUACCCGCAAGUUCCUGUGUCCUGGAGCCCUCGCUCCAUCCCCCUCUGUGUCUCCCUCUCUCGGCCUCUGUCUGGCGCCCUGGUGGAGCCUGUGGUUGUAAGAAUCAUCGUCCUACGAGAAAGUUCUAUGGCUACCUGGUGCUUCGGCCUCGAGCUGUCCUGUGGCCAGUUUCUCUCCACCUCAGGAGACGAGGCAUCUAAGGCAAAGGCAGAGGCUCUGCUGGCUUUCCUGCCUGCUUCUGGAAGUUUCUGCCGAGCUGAGCAUGGGCGGGACAUACUAACUGAACUUGGAGAUCAGGAGGAUCCCACGGGUCUGAGGAAAGGUAGGCAUACAGCCUCUUGCUGUGUCCCUCCCCACUUACCUGAGGAGCCACUCUGUCCUCUGAGUAACAGAGGACCCUGCUGGGAGACAGAACCAUACCCCCACCUCCUAACUGCUGUCCCAGGACAGAUGAACAAACUCCAGCACAAGAAAGGGCAACCUGAGGGUGACAAAAAAGAGCAUGCGUUUCCAAAUGGUUCUGAAUCAUGGCGUACCGAAAAACCAACAGCAGGAGAACAAGCUGCACUCAUCUCCUCAUCCUAAACAGUAGCGAUGACAUCUCCCCCAACUCCUGUCGUUAUAAUUUAUUCUGCCCACACCCGAAGGACUCCGUGGACAUUUGACUCAAGGGGCCGCCCUGGGCUUUCUAACUUUGCCUGAAUUGAGGAUGAGUUCUGUGUUUUACAGUUUGUCCAGCCGUUCCCCCUUCCCCUCUGGAGGUGAGCAAAAACCAUGUGAGUGUGCCCAGGUUAGAAAGAACACUCCAGAAAGUGGAACUCACCCCCCUUUUCUAUAACACGUGUGCUUUCUAAGGAUCAAGUGUUUCUUACUUUUUGAGACUUCUUAAUCCAAUCUUGAACAUUCAUCUGUGACCCCGGUAACUGUCUCACUUAGAAGUGACAAGCCAAUUCUUACCUCAGUCGCCUGCUCACGGAGCCCCCUAGGCUGACUCAGACCCAGCUCCAUUUGUCCUUCCCUGCCCGCCCUUCAUCCCUGCCCCCACGACCCCAGAGGAAGACAUCCCAAGUCAUAGCUCCAGCCAGCGGCCCAGGAGCUAGUGAGCAGAGAUGUGAGCAUGCCAGGGUUCCUUUGUACUUGCUCAAAACUGCCCCCUCCUGGCCAGGUUGGCUCCUCGGCGUGUGUCAAAACAUCCCCGGCAGUGAGCACCUGUGUCCCGAUGUGUGGUCUGUCCCUGCUGCAGGCCUUCUCCCUGCCCACCUCCCCAGCCACCUUCCCCUCCCCUCUCCCGCACUGUAACAUCUUUUGAGGCCCACCCCCAGGGAGACCCAAGACCUACGUCGUGUCUCUUCUGGAACUGAAGAGGCCUAUGGUAAACUUCCACACAAGCCACCUUCCCAACGGUGGUCCCAGGAGUUUCCAUGAUCCCACAUAAGAAAGCUGUGUUCCGAUGAAUCCUACCUCUUGUCCAUUCCCAGGCAGAGUGCACAGUCCCAGUCCAGGGACCCAGAAAGAGCUAGAAGGAAAAGGAAGAAGAGACGGGGGUAGAACACAGGGUGGAAAACCUCAGCUGCUCUGGCCCUCGCAGCCUUUCUGACUGUUGGCCUCACUCUGGGGACCCUGGUUGCCAGCUUGCCCUCCCUGUCGGACAAAGGGAGCAGAGUGGGCCCUACUGCUAGCAGCCUCAGAUUGGAUCCCUCCCUGAUGGGACAUGAAGCCUGAGCCCAUCUUCCCACCCCUCCUCUGUCCCAAGUUCUCCCCUGUGUGUUUCACCAGUUAAGCCCCUGUGAUCCUGUACCCACCAGUGGUUUGGGGUUGUUAGUUCUGUCUCUCUUUUUUUAAUUAAAUAAAAACAUUUUUAAAAUGC